AUGAAAUAUAGCCAGGUCAGUGUGUUGGCUUCAGAAGCUAUGCAUGCAGCAUGCAAACACCCAACUUUGUGGGAUCAGUUACAUGAGAGUUUGAAGACCGUGAUAGCUAAGAGCCAUGAGUAUGAUCAGCUAAAGGAAAAUUUGAGUAAGAAAACGGCUGAUCUUAGUACUUGUGCAAUUGAAUAUGUAGACGAUGGUGAAGGCAACAUAGUUGAAGUUCAUGAUCCUAUUAAAGUAUCAACGAAAGGUGCAACUAAGGUAGAUGAGAACCGCCCUAUGUCGAAAAAUGGUAGGCCACUUUCGUACGACGAGAUCAGAAUCAGGUGCGGCGCAUGCAAAUUGCUAGGGCACACUAAACGCAGCAAGAAAUGCAAACUAAAUAAGAAAAGCGUGGUGGGCGAAGAAGAGUAGAACAGUUGCUAAAGUUAUGUUAGGAUGAAUCCAGUGAUCUAAUAGUGAGGUGUUUA